AAGUACUUAAGGAAUCAUGUUCCGGUCUUGCCGUUGGCGAGAGAGCAGACAUUGUUUAAUCGCCCGCGAAGCAAAAGAUGGAAAGCUACUCUGCAACUUGCAAUUAAUUUACGAAAUAACUUUGUUCAUGUUUGCUAGCUAGCUAGCUGCUGAUGCAAUUAAAUAGGUACGUAAUGGUGGACGGAGUCAGAAAGCUUGAGGGCGGAGAGGAGAAUCGGCAUGGGGAUUUUGGAGGAGGCACACAACGUGAGGAUGGUGGGCCGGCGGGAAGGGCAGGCGGUGGUACUAGCGCACGGGUUCGGGACGGACCAGUCGGUGUGGAAGCACCUGGUGCCGCACCUGGUGGCGGACUACCGGGUGGUGCUGUUCGACAUGAUCGGCGCCGGCACCACCAACCCCGACUACUUUGACUUCGACCGCUACGCCACCCUCCAUGGUUACGCCCUCGACCUCCUCGCCCUCCUCGACCACCUUCGCGUGGGGCCUUGCAUCUACGUCGGCCACUCCGUCUCUGCCGUCAUCGGCGCCAUCGCCUCCAUCUCCCGCCCCGACUUCUUCUCCAAGCUCAUCCUCAUCUCUUCCUCCCCCAGGUACUUGAACUGCGCGGACUACUUCGGCGGCUUCGAGCAGGAAGAUCUGAACCAGCUCUUCGACGCCAUGAGGUCGAACUACAGGUCGUGGGCGUCCGGGUGGGCGCCGCUGCUUGUGGGGGCGGACAUGGACUCCGUGGCGGUGCAAGAAUUCAGCAGGACCCUGUUCAACAUUCGCCCGGACAUCGCCCUGAGCGUGUUGCAGACGAUCUUCCAAAGCGACGUCCGAGACCUGUUGGGCCUCGUCACGACCCCGUGCCACAUACUGCAGAGCACCAAGGAUCUGGCCGUCCCGGUCAUAGUCUCUGAGUACCUGCAUGCCCACCUCGGGGCUAGAUCCGUGGUGGAAGUCAUGUCGUCCGAAGGCCACCUCCCGCAGCUCAGCUCUCCUGACACUGUCGUCCCUGUUCUGCUCAGGCACAUACGCUACGAGAUUGUUUGCGAGAGCGCUUGAUUUGCACCUUCCUUGGUGUGUAUAUGCUAUUUGGAUCUGCUGUUGCCGUUGUGGAAAUUGUGAUCUGUGUCCUUCAUGCUUCAUUUUCUUAAGCAA